GGGAGAAAAACAACAGCAGUGGCUAACGUUCCUGUCAACGCCAAUCUCCGAUAAACAGAGACUAAAACUUCUUCCAAAAUGAGUCUGUGGGUUGACAAAUACCGUCCUACCUCCCUCGGUAAACUGGACUUUCAUAAAGAACAGGCGACUCAGCUGAAGAACUUGGUCCAGUGUGGAGACUUUCCACACUUGUUGGUUUAUGGUCCAUCAGGUGCAGGGAAGAAGACACGCAUCAUGGGUCUGCUGAGGGAACUGUAUGGAGUUGGAGUGGAGAAGCUGCGCAUCGAACAUCAGACCAUCGUGGCUCCAUCUAAGAAGAAGAUUGAAAUUAACACAAUAGCAAGUAACUAUCACUUAGAAGUUAACCCCAGUGAUGCAGGAAACCAGGACCGCGUGGUGAUUCAGGAGCUGAUUAAAACUGUGGCUCAGUCACAACAGAUUCAGUCGAGCACCCAGAGAGAGUUCAAAGUGGUGUUGCUGACAGAAGUGGACCGACUCACCAAAGACGCCCAGCAUGCUUUGCGUCGGACUAUGGAAAAAUACAUGGCCACCUGCCGCCUCAUUCUCUGCUCCAACUCCACCUCCAGGGUCAUCGGGCCGAUUCGGAGCCGUUGUCUGGCCAUCAGAGUUCCUCUGCCCAGCACAGAAGAGGUUUGUAGUGUUUUGACAUCAGUCUGCAAAAAGGAAGGUCUCCUGCUGCCUCCUGAACUGGCCAAAAGGAUCAGUGAGAAGUCAGGACGCAACCUUCGUAAAGCUCUUCUGAUGUGUGAGGCCUGUAGAGUGCACCAGUAUCCCUUCUCAGUAGAUCAAGAGGUUCCAGAGACGGACUGGGAAGUGUACCUGAGGGAAACGGCCAAUGCCGUUGUGAGCCAACAGAGCCCCCAGAGGUUGUUGGAGGUUCGAGCUCGACUGUACGAGCUGCUGACUCACUGCAUUCCUCCUGAGAUCAUCAUGAAGGGCCUGGUCAGAGAGUUGCUGAACAACUGUGACGGACAGCUGAAGACUGAAGUCUCCCACAUGGCAGCACAUUAUGAACACCGGCUGCAGCUGGGCAACAAAGCCAUCUACCACCUGGAGGCCUUCACUGCCAAGUUUAUGGCCAUGUACAAGAAGUUUAUGGAAGACGGCCUGGAUGACAUGAUGUUUUGAGCAAAAAGAGAAAAAAGAACAGACUAAAAGAUUCAAACCCCUUGUCUUAUUUUGCUUUGUUACAACAAUCAGCUCUGGACCAUUUCUAAACAAAACAGGAAUUUGUUAAGUCAAACAGGAAUGAUGUGUGCGUUGACUUGACUGCGUUACAAUAAAUAUUUGUUCGUUCCUCUG